AUGUCAAAAGCUCCCCACAACGCCACACAAUUCAAUAAACCUGCGGAGCCCACAACUUUCAACCGUUCGACUGCAGGCUUCUCUGACGAUGCGGUGCCUAGGGCCAAGGCCGCCCAGAUGAAACUGGAAAACUAUUACAAGCUUGCGGUUGAGGCAGCUGUGGAAAGAAACACCCGACGCGUCGAACUGGAACGACGAUUACAGUCCGAUGCACUUAUGUCCGAUGAAAGAAAGCAGCGACAGCUAUCACAGUUGGGUGCAAGGGAAUCUACGUUUCUUCGUCUACGACGCACGAGAUUGGGGUUGGAUGAUUUCAGAACGGUGAAGGUCAUCGGAAAGGGCGCAUUCGGUGAAGUCAGGCUUGUUCAGAAAAUAGACACGGGGAAGAUCUAUGCGAUGAAAACGUUGAAGAAGGAUGAGAUGUUGAAGAAGGAUCAACUCGCCCAUGUACGCGCUGAACGCGACGUUCUGGCUGAAUCCAAUUCCCAUUGGGUAGUGCAACUCUUCUACUCAUUCCAGGACCCGACGUUCCUAUACCUGAUUAUGGAGUUCCUCCCUGGAGGAGAUCUCAUGACCAUGUUGAUCAAAUACGACACUUUCUCCGAAGACGUGACUAGAUUCUACCUCGCAGAAUGCGUGUUAGCUAUUGAAACGGUGCAUAAACUUGGCUUCAUUCAUCGUGACAUCAAACCGGACAAUAUCCUCAUUGAUAAGGAUGGUCAUAUCAAACUCUCCGACUUCGGCCUGUCUACUGGGUUCCAUAAAACUCACGACGCGAAGUACUACGAGCGAUUGUUUGACUCGAAUAACAAGGGUCAUGUUCCCAGUGCCGCGCCCAACACGGUCAACUCUAUCAACCUAACAAUGACCAACAAGGAAGAAAUAGCCACUUGGAAGGCUAACCGACGAAAACUCGCAUAUUCAACGGUCGGAACUCCGGACUACAUCGCCCCGGAGAUAUUCCUACAACGCGGGUAUGGCAACGAGUGUGAUUGGUGGUCACUAGGCGCCAUCAUGUUCGAAUGUCUCGUCGGAUAUCCACCGUUCUGCUCUGAGUCAACCCAUGAUACGUACCAGAAGAUCAUGCAUUGGCAACACUGUCUGGCAUUCCCCAACGAUGUUCACCUAAGCCAAGAAGCAGAAGACCUGAUACGCAGACUCAUUACAUCGGCCGAGAAACGACUCCAGGUGGAGCAGAUCAAAGUCCAUCCCUUCUUCUACGGCGUCGACUGGGAUACUAUUCGUUCAAUAGAUGCCCCUUUUGUUCCCCACCUGCGGUCAAUAACGGACACUUCUUAUUUCCCCACUGACGAACUUGAGCAAGUACCUGAAGAGGCACCUGCUGCCACGGGCAACGCUGCCAAAGAUCUCGCGUUCCUCGGAUAUACAUUUAAGCGAUUCUCUGUCUCUUCCCAAGCAUUCUAG